AUGUCACAAGGUUUUUAUUCCAUCAAUUCAACAACAAACGAUUCGGUUGAACAACGACGCAAGGAUGUUAUUGCUGCCAUUGAGAACGGAUCAGCUCGCACUUGUCCAUUCUGUUUGAAUGAUAUUCCUAUCAGUAAAUUAUUGGGUCACAAUAAGGUAUGCAUGUUCUUGUAUGAACAAGAAACAGAUUCGGACAUGCUUGUUAUAUUAAACAUUACGAGUCCAUUAUUGAAAAAGAAUCAAAAAAGAAAAUUGGACUCAAUAUCUCCAGACUCUCUCCAAAAUUCUCAAUCAUCAAAUUCAUCUCAACCAUUGAAUGCAAAUAGUUCAUCAAGUACUAACGCCUCUCAAUCCAACUCUCAACCUGAGUUAAUAUUUGAAAGGGAGAAAUAUUAUGAACAUCCAUCAUAUGUGAAGGAAAGACAGAGCAAGCAAGGUUUGUGUUGUGUGCCAGCUACAGAUUGUCAUAUUGAUAAGCGUAAUCAAGAUUGUAUUGGCUGA